CGGAGGGAGCAAUGGCUGGUCCUGACGGUGGCUGAGCCCCCAGCCCCUGGAAUAUGCAGCCCGGAGGAGCCCCAGGCAAGGACGCGGUGGCGGAGUGGGGCGGGAGGCAUGGUCUCCACCUACCGGGUGGCCGUGCUGGGGGCGCGAGGUGUGGGCAAGAGUGCCAUCGUGCGCCAAUUCCUAUACAACGAGUUCAGCGAGGUCUGUGUGCCCACCACCGCCCGCCGCCUCUACCUGCCUGCUGUGGUCAUGAACGGCCAUGUGCACGACCUCCAGAUCCUGGACUUUCCACCCAUCAGCGCCUUCCCUGUGAACACACUGCAGGAGUGGGCAGACGCCUGCUGCAGGGGACUCCGGAGCGUCCACGCCUACAUCCUGGUCUAUGACAUCUGCUGCUUUGACAGCUUUGAGUACGUCAAGACUAUCCGUCAGCAGAUCCUGGAGACGAGGGUGAUCGGCACCUCGGAGACGCCCAUCAUCAUCGUGGGCAACAAGCGCGACCUGCAACGCGGACGCGUGAUUCCGCGCUGGAACGUGUCGCACCUGGUGCGCAAGACCUGGAAGUGCGGCUACGUGGAGUGCUCGGCCAAGUACAACUGGCACAUCCUGCUGCUCUUCAGCGAGCUGCUCAAGAGUGUGGGCUGCGCCCGCUGCAAACACGUGCACGCCGCCCUGCGCUUCCAGGGCGCGCUGCGCGGCAACCGCUGCGCCAUCAUGUGA